AUGGGUCUCCCUACUUCGUACCAGCUAUCCAUGGUACUCAUGUUGAUGCUUGUGGGGAUAUUUCAUAUAUGCCUCGGGUCUCCAAUACCACAAACCAAUCCAGAUGGCACCCAGACAAAUCCAAAUGCCACCGACCCCAACGGCCUGACAGACCUCGAUGCUGGCCUACUAGGAAAGGUUGCUUGGCACCCGGAACCGAAAGGUCGCGGCACCAUUGGAAUCCUUAUCAGUUGUACGGCGACAUACAUCUUCUGUAUCUGGACCAGUAUUCAUCCCAACAUCAUGCCGGAAACUACAAAGACCUGUCGAACGUUCUACAAGACCGUUCUCACAUCCGUUUCCAUAGUGCUUCCACCAGGUAUAAUGGUUUGCGCGAUGGGUGAACUCUAUGAUGCAUGCCAGGUCCUCAAAGAAUGGAACAAGAUGAGGGAUGCGUGGGAGAAGAGCGGCGUCAUUACGGCGAAAGACGACAGCAACGCGCUGGGAUUGGACGGAGCAUUCUUCGUCGUGAUGGGGGGUUUCCUUGUCAAAAAGGUGAAAGUAGAUGGAAAAGGGAAUGUAAUUAAGUCUUCCAUUCAUAAACGUCCGUCUACCUCUUCCGGUCAAACCGGCGCAGCACCAGACAAGCAGACAGCGCAGUCCACAAGCCAACCUGAUGCCCCAGGGUCUAGUACGUCCCCGGGUACAGAUACUACGACGGAGGCCGUCUACUGGUCCAUUCUCACGCCUGAAGGUUUCAUCGAGUACGCGAAGAAGGGCGUUAUCACGCCUGAGUCUUUCGAAAAGCGUGACAUGGACGACAAAGGGAAAGCCAACAUGAUUGCAAAGAUAUUCGCAUUCGCCCAGGCAUUGUGGUUGAUUGCACAAGCGUUUGCACGCUGGCAAGAUAAACGUGGGCUGCCACUCUCCCUGCUCGAGGUGCACGUGAUUAUCCAGGUUGUUUGCACAUCAGUUAUAUACGCCUGCUGGUGGAAAAAGCCUCUGGAUGUCUCUGAACCCCUCAAGAUAAAGCUGCACACAGAGAUAGCGAAACAAAAGGGUAUAGCUAUCCCAGAUAUCAAGAAACCAGAAAAUCGCAUAGCCGCACUGAACGCAAGCGAGAAUUACAAAGACAUCGAAUUCGAAUCGAAGGAAGCCAGCGCCAUCAACAACAGCCCCCCCACCCCCGCCCAGGCAGACCUCGACAGUGAAAAGACCGAGCCCGCUACCACCAGCACCAGUCCCACCCUCAUCCCCAAUCCCGAUCAAGCAAAAACCGUUGACCUUGAAGCGGCCCCCGCCCUCGAACAGAAAUAUCUGAAACCAUGCAUCAUAACGACAAGGAAACCGAAAUCGGACCUGGUCGCAGUCAUGAUAAAGGCCAUUUUCGAUAUCACCAAACACAUUUACUCAACCAAGAAUAAUUGGUAUGGCAUAGCGGCAGUGAUAGUGGAAGGCUUGCUUGUUAUGGUGUUGGGAGUACUACACAUCAUCGUCGCACUGGGAUACAACCCAGAAAAUGGAGCCCAAUUCCCUUCAGAGACGGAGGUACGAAAUGGACCUAUUCCACAUUUUGUGGAAGGCUCCCUACAAGCUUGA